CAUGUACAGACAAUCCACACCUUCUCUCAGUGCAAUCCGUGCCGUGAACCCAUCGUACACACCAGGACACGCAAUGAAUUUCUCCGGAUCCGCCAGCAUAUUCCUCAACCUCUCGACGGCUGUCGGUCUCCUGUCGCCAUUGUGCGCGCUCGUUGAACCCAUUUUCAAUUGAUCACCUCCAACUCUUUUCCAAUUCUCAGAUCCGGGGCAAACGCGAGGAUGUCAAUAGGGAUGGAACAAAUGUACGACCUUUGAGGUACUGACUACUGUAACCUCGGGCCGGGCAACUUCGACGACCUCAACCUUAUAUGUACGCUUUAGAUCCCCACUCUUCAAGAAGGAAGGGAGUACAAAGCAAACGAACCCACUAGCCAGCCAGCGACUCGUCACAUUCCCCCCGAAAUCUCACCUCGCACACAUUUUUAUUCCUUCUCAUACGAUAGACACGGAGCGACUAUUGACGGCGCGGAACCCGUAGCCGCUACACGUAGUCCGCCUCCAGAAAGCCCUGUCGCUCU